AAUUCCCACUUAAAUUAUUUUUCUCAUUCAAUUUUCAUUUUCUCUCUUUCUACUUAGUGUUACGAAAGGAUUAGAUACUAACUUUUAUCAUCAUAGAAAAUUCCAAAUUGUCUAUGUGAUUCCCCCAUAUGUAUCCAAAUUCAUCAUGACAUAAAUUUUCUCUAUAAAUAUGCUACUUAUCUCACCCAUCUUAUCAUAAUCAUAUCCCUUGACUCACACACUCACUUCUCAGCAUUUUCUAGGAAACUCUUUGAUUGAAUGGGCUUGUGUGUUUGGUAACAAAGAAAACAAGCCUCAGCUUAAUUGUGUUGUUCAACAUGGAAGGAGGAGUACCAGAAGCUGAUGUUUCUGCCUUUAGGGAAUGCUUAUCCCUAUCAUAUAAGAAUCCUUAUGUUCUUCGCCUUGCUUUCUCUGCUGGAAUUGGAGGCUUUCUCUUUGGCUAUGACACUGGAGUCAUAUCUGGGGCUCUAUUGUAUAUCAGAGAUGAUUUCAAAGCUGUGGAUAGAAAGACAUGGCUGCAGGAAGCCAUAGUGAGUAUGGCACUUGCUGGAGCAAUAAUAGGAGCUUCAGUUGGUGGAUGGAUCAAUGAUCGAUUUGGAAGGAAAAAAGCAAUCAUUCUUGCAGACACCCUCUUUUUUAUUGGGUCUGUUGUGAUGGCUGCUGCACUCAGCCCAGCUAUUCUAAUUGUUGGUCGAGUUUUUGUUGGACUUGGUGUUGGAAUGGCUUCGAUGGCAUCUCCUUUAUACAUCUCCGAAGCAUCUCCAACCAGAGUUCGAGGGGCUCUUGUUAGUCUCAAUGGAUUUCUUAUCACUGGAGGACAAUUCCUCUCCUAUGUUAUCAACUUGGCCUUCACUAGUGCACCAGGAACAUGGAGGUGGAUGUUAGGAGUAGCAGCAGUACCAGCUUUAACACAAAUCAUACUAAUGCUCUUGCUCCCAGAAUCACCUCGCUGGUUGUUCCGAAAGGGCAGACAAGAUGAAGCUAAAGAAAUCUUAAGGAAGAUUUACCCUCCCCAGGUUGUUGAAGAUGAAAUUAAUGCACUAAAGGAAUCAGUUGAAAUGGAAGUAAAGGAAGCUUCAGCUUCAGAUAAAGUUAGCAUAGUUAAGUUGUUAAAAACUAAAACAGUGAGAAGAGGUUUAUAUGCAGGAAUGGGCCUUCAAAUCUUCCAACAAUUUGUGGGUAUCAAUACAGUCAUGUACUACAGCCCCACCAUUGUUCAAUUAGCUGGAUUUGCAUCCAAUAGGGUAGCACUCCUUCUGUCACUAGUCACAGCAGGGCUAAAUGCAAUUGGCUCUAUUUUGAGUAUAUAUUUCAUUGACAAGACUGGGAGGAAGAAGCUUUUGUUGUUUAGUUUGUCUGGUGUUGUAGUUUCUCUUGUUGUUUUAACUGUUGUGUUUCAUGAGACUACAACUCACUCACCAAUGAUUAGCACAAUUGAAACCUCUCACUUCAAUAACACUUGCCCUGAUUACAGCACAGCUUUGAACCCUGGUGAAUGGGAUUGCAUGAAAUGCCUCAAGGCUUCUCCAGAGUGUGGCUUUUGUGCUUCUAGAGCUAAUAAGCUCUUACCUGGGGCAUGCUUGAUCUCCAAUGAUACAACAGAAGAUCAGUGCCAUCAAGAGCAUAGGCUAUGGUACACUAGGGGCUGUCCAAGCAAAUAUGGAUGGCUUGCACUAAUUGGCCUGGCUCUCUAUAUCAUAUUCUUCUCACCAGGGAUGGGAACAGUUCCAUGGGUUGUCAACUCUGAGAUAUAUCCUCUAAGGUAUAGAGGAAUUUGUGGAGGAAUGGCAUCUACCUCAAAUUGGGUUUCAAAUCUCAUUGUGGCACAAUCCUUUUUAUCCUUGACACAAGCUAUCGGAACCUCAUCCACAUUCAUGAUAUUCAUAUUCAUCACUGUUGCAGCCAUUAUCUUUGUCAUUAUUUUUGUACCAGAAACCAAAGGACUUCCAAUUGAGGAAGUAGAGAACAUGCUGCAAAGAAGAUCUUUGAACUUCAAGUUUUGGCAAACUAGUUCUGACUCUGAUGAAGUACCCAAACAUAAAACUCAGUCAGUUUAAGUGAAUGAGUAUUAUUGUACCAUUAAUUAAUGUAGUACAAGUAGUGAACUAAGGGAUUGAACAAUAAUAUUGAGAGAUUAAGAUGUAGCAUGUUAGAUUUGCAUUAUAGAUUUAUUGCUUUACCUUCUGUAAAAAUUUAAGAAAUUUGGGUCUUUGUGUAUACUUUUAAUUUGGUGCAAUAAGUUAGUAUUUGAAUACCACAAUAUUGCAGGCCUUAGGGGCCUCAGAUGUCAAGAAAUGAAAGGAUUUUACAUUUGUCCU